UACUUGGUCACGUAGAUAGUGAAAUUUCGCUAGUUCAAAAAACCCUAAACCCCCAAACGUUCCAAGCAAACCGUAUUCUUGAUCCAAACACAGUGACCUAAAUAGGAUCUUUCAUCAACACGAACGCAGAAGUAAAAUCGAAUGGCAUUCAGGUCGAAUGAGAUGGUGAAGAAGAUAAUGAAGAAGAUAGGAAGCGAGAAGAAUUUGGAUCCCGGAGUCAAAGAAUCACUGAAGAAAUGUUUGCCGGACAGCAAGGUGGUGAUGGGGAGAGCCCAGCGUGGAAUUUUCGCCGGCCGUCAUAUUCAAUUCGGCAACCAAGUCAGCGAGAAAGGUGGAAACAAGACUCGAAGGAACUGGAAGCCCAAUGUACAAGAAAAGAGGCUGUUCAGUUACAUUCUUGAUAGACACAUUCGAGUAAAAGUAACAACACAUGCUCUUCGUUGUAUAGACAAAGCAGGUGGAAUUGAUGAGUAUCUACUAAAGACACCUUACAAGAAGAUGGACACUGAAAUGGGGCUCUUAUGGAAAGCCAAGAUUGAGAACAUGUAUCAAGAGCUUGGAAACAUGGAGGUUGUUUUCUUUCCACAAGAAGAGGAAACCAAUCUUGCAGAGGAGUUUAAAGAGAUGAGAAUUCAACAGAGGGUUGCUCGUAGGGAUGCAAGAAGGGAGGCGUAUGGUUGGUGUCCCAAAAUUGAGCAGAUUGAAGAAGGGAGUGAAGAUGUUGAAGUUGUUCAUCAUGAUGAAUUGGUUGCUAAUUCAUAAUUUGUUAUUUGAUGUUUACGAAAAGAAUUUUAAAGUAAUCAUAAGGGGUUGAGUUGCAGGUUUUUGGGUUUUGAAUUUUGUUAAGAAGUUGGUAUUUUGUAAUAAGGUUACAAAUUGUUGUUCAUUUUGAGACUAUAGACAUGUAUUUUAUCCAACACAUGACACUUUGUUGAUUGCAUAACAACCUGUGGAAGGAAUUUAGUUUGAUUC